AUGGAACAAAAGCAACAGAUUGUUAUUGUUGCUAGUGCUAAUGCUAUUGUUGUUGCUGCUGCUUGUGUUGAUGUUGAUGUUGCUAUUACUGUUGCUGAUGAAAGAGGUAAGGCAGAAAAGGAAGGGGAAGAAUUUGAGGAAGAAGUUGAGACCGAGGAAGAUGAUGAGAAUGAUGAAGAUGCUGAAAGUGAUGUGAAUUCUAAUUCAAAAACUAAGAUAGUGGAAGAAGCGGUUGUAGAGUCAAAUGCAUCAUUUGAAUCAGGCAGUGAUGAUUAUGAUGAUGAUGAGAGUGGAUCCAAUUCUAAUUUUGGGAAUAUGAUGAAGCAAAUGAAGAAACAAGCAAAGAUUCUUCUUUGUUUGCUAUGA